CCCAGUUGUCCGUUCCACAAUCAAACGCAGAUGAGAUUGGGAUUUGACUCGUCCCAGUGUGAUUACCUUUACUUGGAUCUGCAGAGGUUGAUGUUCAUUAAGAUUGUUUCUGAGCUUGGAUUUUCUCCAAGGACCGACAAUUUGCACGAUGAAAAACACACAGAUCAGAAAUAAGAGAAGCCGGCAAACUGCAAAGGAGAAGGCUGCCAAGAGAAAAUGCCCCAAUUGUUGCUACAAAUGUCUUCCGAUUAUCAGUGGAUUCAUUCUCCUGGUGUUGAUAGCAGGAACCAUUACUCUGAUUCGUGGUGUUCUUGAGGUCCCAAUGAUCAUCAAUGGUUUUGCUCCCAAUCGGCCUGUCAGUACAUUGGCUACAACCAGCCUGAGCAGCACUAUCAGCAGCAGCAGCAGCAGCAGCAGCAGCCAAACACACACCUACACCACCUCCGCCAGUGAUGUCUCACGUCCAACAAGCACUACGACUGGUUCUAUUGGUUCUAUUGGUUCUACUGGUUCUACCGGUUCUACCGAUUACAGCUCAAAAGCCAAAUGCUACUUUGUGGGAGAGAUGGAAGUAAAGGAGAAUAUCUCCAUCGAACUCAACAGUGACCCCAGGUCAGAUGACUAUCUGAGGAUUGCUGAAGCUGUCGAGAAGAUGAUAAAUACUACAUACAAAACGUCAACAUUCAACACGGUGUAUAUAACUACAAAGCUCAUUGGAAUAAGUCCUAUCUACUCCGCUAUCCGCUUCUGGAUGCAUCUCAUGUGCAGUGCGAGACUUCAGGGAGAGGAAAUUACUUCAGUCUUUCGGGAAGAAGAGGGUACCAUCAACUUGCCCAACAACCAACAGCUGAAGGUUCAACUCAACACCAUGAUCAUAUGGUGUGAAAACAGCAUGCCAAGAUGCACCAGUGGAUACUGCAUCAAUAAGAACAAUGCAUAUUGUGAUGGCAUCGAAGAUUGCUGGAAUGGAGAAGAUGAAGCUAACUGCGAUUGCGAAAUACCCUUUGUCACUGCUUGUUCGUCUGUCGUGAAUCUUACCGGAAGGAAGUAUAGAACUGCUUGCCAAGGCUCUCUUAUCUCCAGCAGUUGGGUGCUGACCACAGAAAGUUGUGCUGAUGACAGUUCCUUCAGUUAUAUUUGUGCCGGAUCUCCUAAUAUGAAGAAGUACAGGAUUAAAUCACGUUAUACUCUGGACGGUAAAGAUGAAGGGAUUGCCCUGCUGCUCCUGGAAACCCCAGUGACAUUCACGGGAUUUCAGCCAAUUCCUCUGCCCGACCCCAUGAAUCAAACUGAAACAGUUCAAACCAGCUGUAAAGUUACUGGUGUCCGGAACACAACACGUCAAGGUGAAUGGCGUGUGAUUGCUUCUGAUAAACAACAGAUUGUGGUACGGGAAUCUUUUCCAAAUCUCAGAAACUGUCAGGUCCAAAAAGGCAGCCCCUUGCUGUGUCUGAAAGGAAAUCACACCUGGGACCUCACCGCCGUUAGAGGUGGAUGCUCGAGAGAUACGAAUGACUACAGAAGAAUCAACCACGUCUUGUCGAAAAUAAUAGAAUUUAUUGAUGUUUCACCCGCAGGUGAUGAUAAUUGACUGCAUGUAGCAGCACGUUUCUCGUUUCGUAUUUGAUGGAAAGCAAAAUUCAAGGCUUCAGGAUUACUGGUGCAGGAACCCAGCCACAGGCUGUCACUGAGCAAGUAUUCCAGAAAUUUGGACUUUGUCCCCUACCAUGGCAGUCUGAGAAUUCAAAUUUGAGUUGGAAGUAAAAUGAAAUUAAAAAGUUGAAUUGGUUAAAAAUCUGCCAAGAAAGAAAUAAAUCACCUUUUGACAUCCCAUAACAAAAAUUAUCAUAUAGCAUGGAACCAGGCCCUUCGGCCCCAUGAGUUCAUAAUAACCAAUAAUGUGCACCAAUCCUAUACCGAACCGAUUUUAAUCCCUCAACAGUAAAUCCAUGUAUUGUUGUGUAAUUGAGUGUGUGCAUCCCCGUGUAUGUAUUUGCUUACUGCAGCAUAUAGAUGAGAGAGUAGUGAACCGUUGUCUUUCACACUGGAGGAGAACAUUCGUUGGAGUCGGUAUGCACCCAGUGCUAUCCUUGACGCAUAUUCUUGACCUGGAUUUGUGUGUAUGAGGCAUUGUAUCAGUUCCCAAAAAACAUCCAUUUUGUAAAUGUGAGCGGUGAGGAGGCUGGUCUGCAGUGCGCAGACAAAUGAGGGAAAUGAUCAGGCGUGUCACAGAUAAAACGUAAAGCAGAGAAAUGUCAGUGAUCCUAGCAGGUCCUUACAUGUUUCUGCUACUGUUGUGAACAGUGCGAGAUGUUUACAAGGAUUUACAAGGGUGUUGCCAGGACUUGAGGGUUUCAGCUAUAGGGAGAAGCUGGGACUAUGCCCUGGAGAGCAGGAGGGUGAGGGGUGAUCUUAUAUCGGCGGGUAAAAUCAUGAGAGGAAUAGAUCGGGUGGACAUAUAGAGUCUCGUGGCCCCAUCCGUCCAGUGGACUGGACGUUAUAAAUUGGGUUGGUUCCACCCUGUCAACUGGAAUUUACAAUUUCCAAAAAUAUAUUCCAUAUGGACAGGGAUGACAAGAGCAAAUCUCCCUUUAUAUUCUGUGAAUUUGUAUCAAUGUUCAUUUGUGAAUUAAAUUUUGUUAGAAAAGGAAAUCCAGAUUCUAUCGAAUGCCUCAGUUUAGGUAUAGAUAAUGCGUUUUGAAACUCAAGCCUUUUCUGUGCAUACAUGCAGUGUAAUGUUAUUCUUUAAUG